AUGGGAGAAACGAAAGAAAUCGAAAGAUCGGUCCAAAUGCGCCUCUAUGCGUUGCAUAAACGACAAUUUGUCGCUGUUUUUGUUUUGUUUUUUAUUUGUUUGUUUGUUACUAUUCUGAUUGGCAUUGGUGGUCCUUCUAUAAUUCAAUCGAUCGAUUAUAAAACUGAUUCUCAACCUAAACAAAUAUCUGGUCCUUAUAAACUUGAAUCGGGAUAUCUUGAUAAAUUUUAUCAACGACUUUGGUUAACUAUGAAACCAACGACCGAUAUAAAUGGUAAAAAAAGGGAAAUCAAUAAAUUAUUGAAAAUAAAAAAAUAA